AUGAAUCUUGUUGUUUUCUUGCUUAAAGCUAUAAAUAUGUCUGAAUUAGACACCUUUUUAGAUUUAUACGAAAAUACAACAUUUGCGAUGCUUUCAUUUGAAAAUUCUUUUAAAACGAAAAAUUUACAAGAUCAUAUUAAUAACAUUAAACAAUACAAUACGACAAUACUAAACAAUGAAGCAUUGAUAGAAGAAAAAUUACAAUUAUCUUAUGACAAUUUAAAAAAAGAAUUAUACAGUAAAGCUAAAAAUUUAGAAGGGAUACAAGCUUUUUUUAAAACAAUUACAACAGAAAUCCAUAACGUUGUUAAAAACGAUUCAAUUUUCAAACAAGAAGACUUGAAUAUUACAAAAUUGCAAUUUGUUGUUUCUAGAAACUUUUUAUUUGUAUCAAGAGAAGAAUUUAAUGAAAUGAAAUUUUUUUUGAGAAACUAUAAAAAGAAAAUUGGUCAAAUUAAGAAAUUAAUAAAAGUAUUUGAUAAUUUUAUAGGCACUCUUUCUUUUUUAUCUAUGACAGAUGCAUGUUAUACAUGUGUAGAAGCAUUAAAUGAAGUCAUAAAUUGUGUUGGCCCUGACGAUGACGUUUUAUCUAGUUGUGAUUUUGUAUUAAAUAAGCCUUAA